AUGAGUGGCGAUGAGAACCAUCUCUCUGGCGAUCCUUCACGCAAGCGCACUGGCUCAGCACUUUAUAUGGCUCCACGUAAAAAAGUGAGUUCGUCGAAUCCCCUUAUUCUUCAUGGACGACAUUUUGGUCGAACGGUCUUUGCAUUGUGCAACUAUCCUGCCCUUCUAACAGCAGGUGUACUCCGACUCGAAGAAUCGCCUGAUUGUCCCAUAGAGGACUAUCCAGCGGAUGUUCGACGAGAACAUAUAGUAUUCAUGAUGCUAGUAGAGUCCUAUCCUGGUCUAUUAGAUCGUCUGACAAAUGGGGAGGAAGAAGAUCUUAUUCAUGUAGGAGAAUUGCUGGGCGACGAUACUAAAACCCUCAAAUCUACUGUCCUUGAAUGGCUUGUUCCCAGAGGCCAAGUAGUCAUACCCCCUCUCUCUCGAAAUAUAAAGUCUGACCGAGGAUUUAAUCAUGAAGUAACUGGCAUGUUGCUUUGCCCCACAGGCCUUGAUUGGUUGGAUGCAGAAACCAAGGCAAAGCUCAAGAGUGGUGAAACUGCAGUCAGUGGUGAUCAAUGGCCUGGUUUCAAACACAUCUUUACAUCCCCAAGCUCAGUAGAUAAAGAGCCAAAGGCUACGUGCUCUGGCAAUGCAUACCUACAUAGUAUGAAGUCUGUAACCAAGGGAUCCUUGGCCUAUAUUGCUACGCAAGUUCUAUUUUCGUUGAGUUUGUCGUCCGUAUUUUCAUGUACCAACACGGUGACCGACUCCGAAAACUUCUAUCAUAGCAUUUUGGAUCUGUUGGAAGAUCCUGAUGAAAGUGAGGAAGUAAAUGACCUCAUGGUAUGGUGGACACGUAAAAACAGUGCGCUCGCAAAAAUUCGAGAGAGACGUGCCGCUCUUCGAGAGCGAGCUACUGCUGGCAUAAAUUAA